AAUCGAUUUCAGCGGCUCGUGAAAAUGUACCUUUAUGCUAUUCCGCUGUAUUGGUUCGCACAAGCACGGAAAAGAAAAAUCUUAAAUUUGAACAAUCCAUCUGCCAUCGUUAUGCCUUCAAAAAUAAAAUUUGGAUGAAGCAAUGGUCAAGAUAAUGCGUGAUGCAAGAAGCUACGAUUUUACGUUUGCAACUUUUAUUAUUAAUUGAUCGUCAAUUUUAAAUAAGAAGACAGGCAAGUAUGGUUUCCAAGCUUGGAUUCUUAUUGCUGCUUGGUUGUAUAGGAUGCGUUUUGUUAUUUUUUACAUUCAUGGAGAAAGAUUUACGGUCACAGACUUCGAAAACGAUUCUAAUAAACCCUCAAACGACAUACGACAUGAUGGGCGAAUCAUCAGGAAAUACUAGAAUCAUAAUCGAACCUUCGUGCAAUGCUACUUUUCUAAUAUGGAUUAUCACAUCUUAUGCGGGUAAUCCCUCAGCCAGAAGCGCUCUACGACGAGCGUAUAUGGAUGAGGAAUUACAAACUUUAGGAAUUGAAAGAGUAUUCCUACUUGGUAAGUUAAAUGAUGAUGCCGAGAAGAAAACACAUGUAUCGCAGGAAGCAUUAUUAGAUGAGUCAAGACGAUUCAGUGACAUACUUCAGGGGGAUUUCUUAGAUACUUAUAGAAAUUUGACUUACAAACAUCUGAUGGGCCUUCGAUGGGCAACGAAUAAUUGCAAACGCAUUAAAUACAUUAUGAAGAUGGACGACGAUAUAGUUGUAAAUAUAUAUGGCAUAUUAGGAAAGUUACACACAGGUAUAAUAGAGAAAAAUUCCUUAGCUGGUUACAUCAUGAAGAAUAUGAUCCCUAUUCGAGAGCCAGCCAAUAAGUGGUAUGUAAGCAAAACAGAAUAUGCGGAUAAUACUUAUCCUGAUUUUGUCUCUGGUUGGCUAUACAUUACAAAUUCACAAAUGGCGAAUAAAUUGAUCAAUUAUGCUGAAUCUUCCCAUAAAUACUUUUGGAUAGAUGAUGUAUUUGUGACUGGUAUUUUGAGAAAAGUUCUAUACAUAAAGAUCCAAGAUAUCAGUAAGAUGUUUACAACAGAUUAUAGAUAUUUAGAAUGUUGUAUAAAGGGGAAAACAAGUCUGUUAAAAUGCGAAUUCCUAAUUGGUCCUAACGGUGGCGAUGCAGAAUUGCAAGUGAAAUUUAAGGAGUUUGCAAAGUUUUGUCAUGCAAACUGUUUUAUUCGUGCCGAAAAUAAUCUUAUUGGCAAGACCUGUGUAGUUGCAUAUAAAGAACCGAAAUUGUAUAAAGGUGCUUUCCAAAUAAAACCUGUUAGGUUAGAUUAGGAAUGUUAAAAUUUUAUAAAGAAACGGAUAGAUGUAAAUAUGAGAUUAAUAAUAUUGUGUGCGACCCGGUUGCACCAAUCUCAUUUUGGGUUUAAGUGAGAGUGAGAACUUUUGGCUUUUGAUUAUAAGUUAAUCAAUGAUCAAAUUAUAAUCUAAAGCCAAAAGAUUCAAGCUUAAAGCCAAAAUAAAAUUGAUGUAACCAAACCAGGCCUAAAAGAUAUAUAGUAUUUCCUUGUUUCAUGAAAAAUUUUCGCUUUAUCUAAGACAGGCUCAUCCCCAAUUUCUUGAACAAAAUAAUCUCAAAUCUUAUUUAAAACGUUACAAAUGUUUUGAGUUGUUUGAUUGAUUAGAACAAAAGGAGCAAAAAUUUUUUGAUAAUAAAAAAUGGCAUAUUAGGAGCACUCUUCAUAAAACGAGGAAGUACUGUAAUUUUAUUUGAGAGAAUAUUUUCUGUUUAUUAUAUUGUAUACAAAAUUUGUACAGUAUCUUACAACAUUUUUAUUAUUACAUAA